AGUCGCGAUGCGCGCGCCCGCUGGCCCUGCGGUCUUUACCGCGCUGCUUCUCAUCUGCCCUGCGUCCCUGGUACUUUCGGGGGAAGAAAGAAGACUUAAAGGGUACCAUCCGGAAGACUCCUACCAAGAUGAUCCGCUCGACCUUUCCAGUGUGGACGAUAACAGCACGUGUCCGACGGAUCGCCUGCUGCGGUCGCGUGAGACGUGCCGCGUAGACGGCGCCGACGUGCAGUGUAUUCGGCUGCACUGCUGCGAAACACACGUCUAUAUCGCUGGAAGGUGUAUCCCAAAGACGGUAGACCCGUGCAGUCUGCAACUAUGCGAGCAGGCGUGUGAGGUGAAGGACGACCAGGUGUGGUGCACCUGUCACCCAGGGUUCACGUUCAGUGAGGACAGCUACAGGAGGAAGACGCAGCCCUAUUGCGUUGACGUGGACGAGUGUGCAGACAAGAAUGCUGGCUGCGAGCACAGCUGCGUUAACGAUCCGGGCGGGUUCCACUGCGAGUGUCCCUCGCCACACUCCCUCGCCGCCGACGGCCGCCGCUGCGAGCGAGCUGUCCCUAUACACAUUCCUGAACCUCUCCCGCUAGUAAGAGCGUCAUCCCGCUGCUAUGCAAGCUGCGACACGGUGUCAUGGCUGUCAAGGAAGGUGAAACUGUUGAACGACCAGAUGCACACCAUGCAGACGGCACUCAAGAAGCUGAUGGACAGCCCUGCUUUAAAGGGAGACCAUGGCGACAGAUUUACAGACGGCACGAACAUGUACAGAGUAAUGGACUCCACGGCGCCACUGGAAGGCGGCUUCUGUCGAUGCGAGAGAGGUCCUAGGGGUCCGGCAGGUCCCCCAGGCAUGGAGGGUCCCAAAGGCGACAUGGGCCCCAGAGGUCCACGCGGACAACGCGGCCCUAAAGGGUCUCUAGAAGUAGUGAUGCUGCUUAUUGCUGACAUCAAACAUGACAUACAGAACUUGGAGAAGCGAGUAUAUAAGGACGGAGAAGUGCCAGACAGAUUCAACAUGAAGAAGGCGUGGCGUGAGUACCGCCGACAGAAGGUGGAAGAGGAGAACAUAACGGAACAGGAGUUGGAGGCGUUCACAGCGCCCGCCAUCGUCGGCACGAACGGACCUGUCGAGAUCACUUUAAAUGGUAAAACCGGCGAGAUCCUCCACGACCCGGAGACGACAACAGCCGACACCAUCACGACACGCAGCGCCGUCACCGAGGACGUCGAAGACAAGCUGCGCCAGCUCCGAUUGUUAGCGGGAGCCGCGCCGCCCGACGACGAUGAACCCGACACUGAUUACGACUACUCCUUCUAUUAGCAAAUAUAGCCUUGUAAAGAA